UUGACAACAGCUGUUUUCUGUAAAAUAGGUAAACAUACGACCGAUUAUAAAAUUAAAUUAACUAAAUAUGAUAAAAUCUUACAUAUUUCGCGAGAUUCGAUAUAAUCGAUUAAGUAUUCCAUUUUUGCGCACGUUCAAUCAUGGUUUUACGGACACAGAACCACAGAAGAGAAAAGGAAGUGAAAAAGAAAAGGUCGCUUCUACUGUCGCCAAUUCUGCGCCAAUGAUUAAGCAUAAAGUAGCAGGCUCCGUCAGCCAUAAAUAUCAAAUAUUCCAAGAUACGGAUGCUAAUGAGAUUUUUGACGUUGAAGAAGAACGUUAUCGGUAUCAAAAUGAGCCGGAGCCGAAAAAUACCGAACACAAUGAAUAUUUAGGACUGAACUUAAAUCAUGGAAAACAUGGUGUAUACGAUGUAGAAGAUCUGGUUGAUGUAUUGCGAAAGGAAAAUGCAGAAGAUGUUUUCGUUUGUUCUGUUCCUAAAGAUUUAAAGUAUGUAGAUUAUAUGGUGGUAUGUAGUGGGCGCAGCUAUAGGCACAUGUUGGCGAUUGCGGAAUUUGUGAGGCGUAUUUAUAAAGUAAAGCGUACGAAAGGAGAGAUUUUACCAAAGAUCGAAGGUGAAAACAGUCGACAGUGGAUGGCACUGGAUCUGGGUAACAUUGCUCUGCAUGUGUUUUCACCAGAUGCACGCGAACAAUACGAUUUGGAAUCAUUAUGGGCGAUAGGAAUUGAGUAUGACAAAGAAACACAUAAGCCUCAGGAUCCACUUGUCGAACUUUUUGAAAAACAUUCUAUAACGCUGGGCGACACACAUCCUAAGGGAACAAUUACCAGUCACUAAUAUUACCAUAAUAUAUAUGAGUUCAUACAUUUGUUUUUGGUAUGUGGUAGUAAUAUAUUUAAUUCAUUAAAUUAACAAAUUAUUUA